AUGGGUGUUUGUGAACGCUUUGCUGGGUCUUGGAGGCGAUUUAUUGUCAUAUCGCUUAGACUGCUGUUUCUUCUCCCUGCAGGUUUGCCUGUCCGCAGUCAAGGGGAUUCCCAAACUGACAACAAAGUGAUGGACAAUAUUACUGUCAGACAAGGAGAGACGGUGUUUCUCAGUUGCUCACAGGGUGAUGUGGUGACACACACGGCUUGGUUGAACCGAUCAAGUAUAUUAUAUGCUGGAGAAGAUAAGUGGUCAGUCGAUCCAAGGGUCACUUUGGUCACUCUCAACCAAGAGGAAUUCACCAUCAAGAUUGAAAAUGUGGAAAUGACAGAUGAGGGCCAGUACAUUUGUGCAGUUCAGACUAGUAGCAAGCCAAGAACAACAUCUGUGCACGUCAUUGUACAAGUGCCUCCAAAAAUCACAGAACUCUCAAAGGACUUAGUUGUCAAUGAAGGUGCAAACGUCACCCUGAAAUGCCUGGCAAGUGGUAAACCAGAGCCCUCAGUCAGCUGGAGGUUGCUGUCUCCCUCAGAUGAGAAUAUUGGAUCAGAUGAUGAGUACUUGGAGAUACCCUCUGUCUCGCGACAAAGGGCUGGCACGUAUGAGUGCACAGCAGUGAACGAGGUGGACACAGUUGCCCAGACGGUGGAAUUAAUGGUCAAUUACCCUCCCACAGUACUGGAGGGUAGAGAUGUUGGUGUAACUUUGGGCCAAAGAGGGACACUGGAGUGUGAGGCUGAUGCUAUACCAGAGGCAGAUUUUGAAUGGUACAGAGAUGACAGAAGGAUCUUCAACGGCUUUGAUGGCAUUGAGAUUGAGGAUGCUGGAGGACUUUCAAAGCUGACGUUCUUCAAUGUGACUGAGGCAGACUACGGAAAUUACACGUGUGUCGCCAUCAACAAACUUGGCAGUGCAAACACCAGUAUCCUCCUGUAUGAAGUAAUUCAGCCUACUAGUUCUACACUAUUGCAAGUGGAGACAACAUCUGUUUUACAAAUGACUUCAUCUGUUUUAGCAAAGACAGCCUCAGAAAACAUUGCUAUACUGGAAGGACCUGGAGCAGUGCAAGAUGGCAACAGCGGCUCAACAGCGACAUACGCACCGACCUGCCUACUCCUUAUCAUUACUCUUCAGCUUCUGCUCAAAUUUUGA